CGCCUCCGAGUUAUGGUAUCUUCCCGUGUAAGUAGGAGCCCUGAUACGAACUGGAGGUGCUUCAGUUCACUCCGUCGGUCCCUUUCCCAGCGCCUCUGAUGGACCCCCGCCCAUUCCUCGCCUUAGGAUCGCUUUUGUGGGCGGGGGAAUCUGUUGUACAUGCCCCGGAGGCCCUUUUCCCGUUAGCCGAAGGAGCUUCUCGGGCUUGAGCAGUAUCUGCAUUUCAACACUGAAGAGAUCUUUGUGAACGAUCUUACCUUCACUCCAGCUCUUGUUUCCUUUUAAUAAGGAAAAAAAAUGGUACAAAGAUCUGCCUCCACUCCAGACACAGCUGUGUCUAAGCAAGAGACUUGGCUUGAUUGACAGAACUACCCGCAUGAGGCGCAACCUACACUCCUCCGACUCUCUCUCCAAUGGCUUCUCCUCACCUUCUCCAGAUCAAGACCCUUCAAAUGGGGGUAUCAGUGAGGACAUCCUACCUUUCUCGGGUAGCCUGACAACGGUGAUUGCUUCUUGCAGGAAAAAAUUAGGAAGGAGGGCCAUGGCUGAGAAUCGGGGCACUAUUAAGGUGGAUCUUCCCAACCAACAGCGAACAGUGGUCACUGUCCGGCCAGGUAUGACUGUAUAUGACUCCCUAGACAAGGCCCUGAAAGUGCGUGGACUUAACCAGGACUGCUGUGUUGUUUACAGAAAAAGGAGUGAUGGGCGAAAAACUAUCACAGAUUGGGAGACAGACUUGGUCAAUCUGGAAGGGACUGAGCUUUCUGUAGAAGUUCUGGAGAAUGUACCUCUUACUAUGCACAAUUUUGUCCGCAAGACCUAUUUCAAUUUGGCCUUUUGCGAUUUCUGCCUUAAAUUCAUGUUCCAUGGCUUUCGAUGUCAAACAUGUGGCUACAAGUUCCAUGAACAUUGCAGUAGCAAAGUGCCUACAGUAUGCGUGGACCUGGCUACAACUCACAAACCUGUUUACAGCCAUGAAUUGUGUCAAGACAAUAUCCUCACAACCCUUAUCCAGCCUAGCUACAAACCCAUGACCCCUCAAGCAGUCAGCUCACCCAUCAAUCAAGAUGCCUUCAAUUUCCCCAGCCUUCAUAGUGAUGGGCGUCUACAACGACACCGCUCAACUUCUACCCCUAACGUCUAUAUGAUCAGCACCACUAGCCCUGUGGACAGCAGCAUCCUUGAGGUCAUAUCCAGGAACCACAACACAGAUGCAGUGAGCGGGCCUGAGUUGUUUCCUAACACCUCACCAGUCCCCUCAGUUGCCGUUUCUCCCGGUCGACGUUCUCCACACCCCAAAUCCCCAGGCGAGUCUCCAAGAGAGCGCAAGGUGCCUUCUGAAGACAAGAAGAAGCCUAAAACUUUGGGCUAUCGGGACUCAAGCUACUACUGGGAGGUUUCCCCGAAUGAGGUCACUUUGCAGAAACGCAUUGGGGCUGGAUCCUUCGGCACUGUUUUCAAAGGCCGCUGGCAUGGGGACGUGGCAGUCAAGAUCCUCAAGGUCACCAACCCCACCAGUGAGCAAGUGCAGGCCUUCAAGAAUGAGAUGCAGGUGCUUAGGAAGACGCGUCAUGUCAACAUACUGCUCUUUAUGGGGUUCAUGACUCGACCCAGUUUUGCCAUCAUCACCCAGUGGUGUGAAGGCAGCAGCCUUUAUCAGCAUUUGCAUGUGCAGGAAACACCCCUAGAGAUGGUGCAACGGAUUGAUGUGGCCCGACAGACAGCACAGGGCAUGGAUUAUCUCCAUGCUAAGAACAUAAUCCACCGGGACCUCAAAUCUAAUAAUAUCUUCCUGCAUGAAGGCUUGACAGUGAAGAUUGGUGACUUUGGCCUUGCCACAGUGAAGACACGUUGGAGUGGCUCACAGCAAGUGGAACAACCCAGUGGUUCCAUUCUCUGGAUGGCAUCAGAAGUGAUUCGAAUGCAGGAUCCCAAUCCUUACAGCUUCCAGUCAGAUGUCUACUCCUAUGGAGUCGUCCUCUAUGAGCUGCUCUCCGGGACUCUUCCAUAUAGUCAUAUCAACAACCGGGACCAGAUCAUAUUUAUGGUUGGUCGGGGAUAUCUGUCCCCUGACCUUAGCAAGGUGCCAAGCAAUUGCCCCAAGGCCAUGCGCAGGCUAAUGAGCGAUUGCCUUAAAUUCAGUCGUGAAGAAAGGCCUCUCUUCCCUCAGAUUCUGGCCUCCAUUGAGUCACUUCAGCACUCUUUGCCCAAGAUAGAGCGCAGUGCCUCUGAACCUGCAUUGCACCGUGUGGCCCACAACUGACCACUUUAGGCUCCGCAGCUGAUGUGAAUGCAGAGAGUGAGGCUGCCAAGGGCCAUGCAGUCCUUGAGGCCAGUAGCUGCUGUGCUCAGCCUUUCCAUAAAGUUGGGAACCUGGUGCAGUCGGCGUUGCAUUCUCUUUUCUACCCCUAUGGACAGAGGAAGUCCCACUGAGGAGUUUUGUGUGGCCUGAUUUUUUAUUCUAUUCUUAGCCCUAUGGCUUCAAGAAAUUCCCAAACAGCAGCUGC